AAUAUAUUACAAUUGGCUGUAUGUCGUAUUCUCUAUAUGGAUAAAGCUUGAUAAAUUAAUGGCUCUUGCACAAGCUGUUGCUGUUGCUGUUCCUUUUUUCUUCAUCGUAGUAGCAUCGUCUUCCUCGGCAGCACCUGCAGAUUCCUUGUUCGGAUGCUAUGAUUCAAUUGUUAGCUUCGGCGAUUCGCUAUCCGACACCGGAAAUGGUCUUCUCCCCGAGCUACACCAGGGUCCGUGCCUCGCUUGUAACCCGCCCAAUGGCCGGACUUACUUCCACCGCCCUACCGGAAGAUUCUCCGACGGCCGCAUCGUCAUCGAUUUCAUCGCACAGAGCCUGGGGCUGCCUCUGCUCCAACCUUACUUUCCCGAAGCUUACGAAGAUGCGGCGCAACGUCGCCGGACCUUCAGCGCCGGAGUGAAUUUCGCGGUGGCCGGAGCUUCGGUGCUUUCGUACGAGUUCUACGAUAAGAUUUUUGGAUAUCAGAAUCCGUACACCACUGUCUCUCUGGGAACUCAAAUGGAAUGGUUCCGAACCUUUUUGGCCGGAUUUCCAGAUGGUCGAAAGUAUUUGGAAAGAUCUUUGAUUAUAUUGGGGCCGAUAGGAGGCAACGAUUACAACCAUCUUUUCAUGCAAGAGAGGAGUCUUAAUGAGCUGCGAUCGUUGGUUCCUAUAGUUGUUAGCAAAAUCGGAUCCACAAUUCAGGCAUUUUGUUCCCAAACUCGUCUUGUAAUCGGAGCUUAUCAAAUUAACAUGAUUCUGAUUAUGAUGAUGAUGAUGAUGCAGGAAUUGAUUGAGCUUGGAGUUAUCACAAUUCUUGUCCCAGGAAACCUUCCUUUUGGUUGCUUGCCUAGUUAUCUAACACAAUAUGAGAAUGACUAUGAUCCGCAAAUUGGUUGUCUCUCUUGGUUGAAUCAGUUCUCCCGUUACCAUAACGAUCUUCUCCAAAAGGAACUACAGAGAAUAAGAAAACUUCAUCCUCAUGUAAACAUAAUGUAUGGAGACUAUUAUAACGACGCAAUGCGAAUGUACCUCUCCCCCAACCAAUUCGGAUUUGGGAACCAAAUUCUUAGGUCUUGUUGCGGAAUAGGAGGACGUUACAACUACAACGAAUCUGCGCGAUGCGGCACUCCUGAAGCAACAUGCUGUGAUGUUCCGUCGGAAUACAUUAAUUGGGAUGGGAUACACUUCACUGAGGCAGCCAACAGUUUGAUGACCCAAGGAUUGCUCCAAGGAUCCUAUACAGAUCCUCUUUUCUCGACCAUUUGCCUUAGUUCCACAUCCAUUGCCAACUACUAAGACCCGACUCGAUGUAUCUGUGCAGUGAAAGUUUGCUAUAAAGUCAUGCACAAUUGAUGAUCUUGUCACAGUUAAUUGUGAUGUAUAUCUAGGCACUUCAAUUGGUUUGCA